UGACACAUUCAAGCCAUGUCUUGGACCGCUUCAGUUUUAUGGAGGACUUCCACCACUAGCAUGAAGUUUCUGCGUCUGCGCUGGCCUCUCCCCAGAAUUCCCCAGAAUAAAUCGGCAAGCGUUGCGCCGCGUUUCAGAAGCAAAUCAGCAGUCAGCCAGCUCUCAUCUGGAUUUAAAUUUGUGCAGAUCCGAAAAAGUACUUGUGACAGCAACGAGAUGACCAUCAAAGCGAUCAAGGCCCGUCAGAUCUACGACUCCCGUGGCAACCCCACCGUGGAGGUCGACCUGACCACCGAGCUGGGACUCUUCCGCGCCGCCGUGCCCUCCGGCGCCUCCACCGGCGUCCACGAGGCCCUGGAGCUGCGCGACAACGACAAGGCCAACUACCAUGGCAAGUCGGUGCUGAAGGCCGUGGGCCAUGUGAACGACACCCUGGGCCCCGAGCUGAUCAAGGCCAAUCUGGAUGUGGUUGACCAGGCGUCCAUCGACAACUUCAUGAUCAAGUUGGACGGCACCGAGAACAAGAGCAAGUUCGGAGCCAACGCCAUCCUGGGCGUUUCCCUGGCCGUGGCCAAGGCCGGAGCCGCCAAGAAGGGCGUGCCCCUGUACAAACACAUCGCCGAUCUGGCUGGCAACAAGGAGAUCAUCCUGCCGGUGCCCGCUUUCAACGUGAUCAACGGCGGCAGCCACGCCGGCAACAAGCUGGCCAUGCAGGAGUUCAUGAUCCUGCCCACCGGCGCCACCAGCUUCACAGAGGCCAUGAAGAUGGGCUCCGAGGUGUACCACCACCUGAAGAACGUGAUCAAGGCCAAGUUCGGUCUGGACGCCACCGCCGUGGGCGAUGAGGGCGGCUUCGCCCCCAACAUCCAGUCCAACAAGGAGGCUCUGAACCUGAUCAGCGAUGCCAUCGCCAAGGCCGGAUACACCGGCAAGAUCGAGAUCGGCAUGGACGUGGCCGCCUCCGAGUUCUACAAGGAUGGCCAGUACGAUCUGGACUUCAAGAACGAGAAGAGCGACAAGUCCCAGUGGCUGGCCGCCGACAAGCUGGCCGACCUGUACCAGGAGUUCAUCAAGGACUUCCCCAUCGUCUCGAUUGAGGAUCCCUUCGACCAGGACCACUGGGAGGCCUGGUCCAACCUGACCGGCUGCACCGAUAUCCAGAUCGUGGGCGAUGAUCUGACCGUGACCAACCCCAAGCGCAUUGCCACCGCCGUGGAGAAGAAGGCCUGCAACUGCCUGCUCCUGAAGGUCAACCAGAUCGGCACCGUGACCGAGUCCAUUGCCGCCCAUCUGCUGGCCAAGAAGAACGGCUGGGGCACCAUGGUCUCCCACCGUUCCGGCGAGACCGAGGACUCGUUCAUCGGUGACCUGGUCGUCGGUCUGUCCACCGGCCAGAUCAAGACCGGAGCUCCUUGCCGCUCGGAGCGUCUGGCCAAGUACAACCAGAUCCUGCGCAUCGAGGAGGAGAUCGGCGCUGGUGUCAAGUUUGCCGGCAAGUCGUUCAGGAAGCCGCAGUAAGCGCAGGCCACUUCGAAAUUCCAACCACACCACCAGCCCCAUCGAAUGAGAUCUGGAUCUUGGAGAGGGAGCUGGACGCAGUAGAUCCA